AUGGGAAUCAAAGCGGUGGAUUCGCAUUUUCAGAGCGGGAAGCACAAGGACUAUACCAGAGCCCGCCAGCAGACUCCGAUUGCCCGUUUCUGCUCCACUCUACCCACCGCCAGCAAAGAUGUUACGACCAAGGAUGUUACGGUGGGAAAUCCACAGCCAACAUCGUCAUCAUCUGACAUUCGCACAGCUUGUGGCUCUACGCCAACACUUAGAGCAGAAGUGAUCUGGGUGCUGAGGACGGUGACUAGCCAUCAUUCGUACAGAUCAAAUGAGGGAAUAGAAGACGUGUUCAAGGCCAUGUUUCCAGACUCUGUGCUUGUACAGACAUUUACAUGUGGACGAGACAAAACGAGGUACGUGGCCAAAUUUGGAUUGGCCCCGCAUAUUAAAAAACAACUCAUAGCCGAAGUCAACAUGGGCCCAUUUGUGAUCAUGUUUGACGAGACACUGAACCAAACAACAAAAAGCAAACAGUUGGACCUGCAUGUGCGUUAUUGGCGAAAUGACCACGUUCAGUCAAGAUACUAUGGGUCACAGUUCAUGGGCCACGCCACUGCUCAGGACCUGCUUCAACAUUUCAAGGAGUGUGUGCAGCAGCUUGACCUGAGAAAUAUGAUUUCAAUCUCCAUGGACGGACCCAGUGUCAACUGGAAGUUUUUUGACCUGCUCCAGCAAGAACAGGCAGAAGAGUUUGGAGGUGCCAAGCUGACCAUGGUUGGGAGCUGUGGGCUGCACACACUGCACAAUGCCUUCAAAAGUGGCUUCAGUGUCUGGCAGCUGGAGAAAGUACUCAAGGCAUUGCAUACAGUGUUCCACAAUACUCCUGCUCAAGAGAGGAUUUCUCCACUUUGA